AUGGCUGAAUGCAAUCUCCCACCGACAUUGACCGCCAUCGUUCAGCAUGAAGGCGGCAUUCUUCGAGUCACUCCUGGGCUGUCGCUCCCGGAGCUUGCACCCCACCACAUCCUGGUGCAAACGGCCGCCGUGGGCCUGAAUCCCUGUGAUUUCAAAAUGCCUCUUCGAUUUCCCACUCCCGGACUGUGGGAUGGCUGCGACUUUGCCGGUAAAGUCGUCGCCUUGGGCAGCGCAGCCGCCGCAGAGGCCCGCUUUCGCCUCGGAGAUCGCGUCUUCGGUGCUGUUCAAGGCUCCAAUCAGUCUGACCCAGUUUCUGGCGCAUACUCUGAGUACGUCCGUACCGAAUCGGAUUUUGCGUUCCAUAUCCCAGAGGAUAUGCCAUUUACCACCGCGCCCGCCAUUUCGGGCACAGCUAUCGCAACGCUCGGGGUUGCUCUCUUUUGGUCUCUGAAACUCCCUGGAACAUUUGAGGAGCCCGCGACCAAAUCAGAGGAUGUGCUAAUCUACGGCGGUAGCAGCACGCUGGGGCUUCUUGCCAUUCAGAUGGUGAAAAUCUGUGGUCACCGAGUUGUCACGACGUGCUCGCCUCACAACUUUGAAUUGGUUCGAUCUUAUGGAGCCGAUCUCGUCUUUGACUAUAGCUCGCCCACGUGUGCUGAAGACAUUCGCGCAGCCACCAAAAAUGCCCUACGAUAUGUGCUGGAUCCGUUUGGGGAGGCAAAAACCCUGCGACUGUGCCAGGCGGCCGUAGGCCGCACUGGCGGAUGGUAUUGCGCGCUGGAACAAUACCAGGAAAAUUUCUGCUCGCGGAAGACGGUGAAGCAUGAGCUGGUAAUGGGAGGGGCUAUCUCCGGCCGCGGCGUCGAGCUUCCUGAACCCUAUGGAAUCCCCCCUAGGCCGGAAAUUGGCGUAUGGGCUCGUCCGUGGUACCGCACCAUCCAGCGCUUGAUAGAUGAAGGGCGGCUGAAACCCUGUCCUCGGGAAAUUCUCUCGGGGGGCUUUGAGGGCAUUCUCAAGGGCUUGGAAGUGCUCCGAAACGGAAAAGUCUCAGGAAAGAAGCUCAUUGUCCCACUAGAGAGCUAG